AGCAACAACAUUUUAUUCAUUUUACCAGGAAAAAAAAAGAAAGUAACAUAUCAGGAAAGGGCACCAGAACAAUAGACGAAGCCAAAAUGAGCCGGAAAAGCAAGAGGAGUUUAAAGGAGAAAUUUGCCUUGAAGAACAGCUCAGUUAAAGAAGCCCUGUCUGAAUUCCUGGGAACUUUUUUACUGAUAGCCCUUGGAUGUGGGUCUGUGGGACAGGCUGUCCUGAGUCGAGGAGCCCACGGUGGGCCCAUGACAAUAACCAUUGGAUUUGCAACAGCAGUUAUCAUAGCAGUGUACGUGACUGGGGGUAUUUCUGGUGGUCACUUAAACCCUGCUGUUUCAUUAGCCAUGUCCGUGACUGGAAGAUUAAAAUGGACCAAAUUACCAAUUUACAUAUUAGCACAACUCCUGGGAGCAUUUGUUGGAGCAGCAGCUGUCUUUGGGAUUUAUUAUGAUGCCUUUAUGCAGUAUAGCAAUGGAACCCUUGAAGUCACAGGACCUAAUGCAACAGCACAUAUCUUUGCAACAUAUCCAGCUCCGUAUCUGUCCCUCAUAAAUGGAUUUGCAGAUCAGGUGAUGUCAACAGCUGUUCUUCUUCUGGCUGUAUUUGCUAUUUUUGACACUAGAAAUAACAGCGUCCCAAAGGGCCUAGAGCCAAUUGCAAUAGGACUUCUUAUAAUUGUUCUUACUUGCUCCUUGGGAAUGAACAGUGGCUGCGCCAUGAACCCAGCCAGGGAUCUAGGUCCAAGGCUCUUCACAGCUGUUGCAGGAUGGGGGAUGGAAGUAUUCACGGCUGGAAAUAAUUGGUGGUGGGUCCCUAUAGUUGCACCUAUGCUGGGAGGUGUACUUGGAGCAAUGGUCUACAUUGUUUUUAUUGAAAUUCAUCACUCAGAUACUCAGACAGAAGAAAAUGAUGUGCAUGAUAAAUAUGAACUGACCAAUAUGGAGUAAGAAGUGAAGAAUUUUCUCUCUCCUUUUGUUGUGCAGAUCUUAUGCAAAUUAUUUUUUUGACCAUUUUAUAAAAUCUAUAUGCCUCAACUAGGAAUUCACAUUUCAGAGCAGAAAAUCUAUACGAAAGGCAAAUAAAAAAAAAAACUUACCUCUUUCCAUGAAACAUCAGACUGAUCACUGUGAAGGGCUCAGGCUGAGAGAGUGGGGUUAUUCAGCCUGGAGAAGAAAAGGAUCCAGAGAGACCAUAUAGCAGCAUUCUAGUACCUAAAGAGUCCCACAAAAAAGUUGUAGAGGAAUUUUAAACAAGGACACAUAAUGAUAGGAUAAGGGGUAAUGCCUUCAAACUGAAAGACAGGAGAUUUAGAUUAGAUAUUGGGAAGUUCUCCCUUGUGAGGGUGGUGAGGCACUGGCACCAGUUGACCAGAAAGGAUGUGACUAUCCCAUCCCUGGAACUCUUCAAAGCCAGACUGGAUAAGGCUUUCAGCAACCUGGUCUAGUGGAAGGAUGGGUCUAGAAGUCCCUUCCAUUCUCUGAUUCUAUGAUUGUAAGGGUAAAUUGUCCUUUUCAUAUGGCUUUCAGAUCAAGAUGAAACUGUAGUAAGAUGGACCUGUUAAUUCAACACAUAUGAUCUUAAUCAUGUUGCCUAAUUAACUGAAAAUAGAUGACAGGUUAUUAUGAAACUGCAUAACUAGGUAGUUAAUUAGUUUAGAGCUGAAUUAAUAUGCAAGAGCAUUGCUCACUUCUUACAGCCAUUAUUUAAAAAUGGCUUAUCUGAAAAUUAAAAACAAUAGCCAAAUUGCUUAAAGGUCAGUUGAAGCAGUUUUAAAUAACUUUAUGGAGCCACUAACUGAACAGCAAGCAACCAACUCAUCAGUGAUGAAGUUUGGUAACUCAGAAUAUGAUGACAAAUGGGAAAAACUGUGUAUUGUAAGAUAAACACCAAAAAGACAGAGGUCCACUUCUGCACAGAGGUAGUGCAUUUGUGUGGCCGGGGUUUGGUAGUGGAGGGCUACAUGGAGGUUUUUUGGGUUUGAGUUUUUUUUUUUUCUUUAAAAAAACCUACUGGAAGCUUCCCCAGUAUCUGAUAGGGCCAGUGCCAGUUGGCUCUGAGAUAGGCCUGCCACUGACCAAGGCCUGGCCAAUUAGUGAUAGAGGUAAUGCCUCUGUGAUUAACAUAGUGGGUAAGUGGAAGAAGUUGCUGCGCAGAAGCAGCAGCAGAAGGGAGUCAGAAUGUGAGAACAACAUCUCUGCAGACAUCAGCAUCACUGGAGAAGGAGGGAGAGGAAGUGCCCAGGCACUGGAAGAGAGACUCCCCUGUGACCUGUGGUGCAGCCCAUGGUGAGGCAGGCCCUGCCUCUGCAGUCCAUGAUGGUCCACAGUGGAGCAGAGGUCCACCUGCAGCCCAUGGAGGACCCCACGGCAGAGCAGGUGGAUGCCCAAGGAAGACUGUGACCCUGUGGGAAGCCCGUGUUAGAGCAAGUUCCUGCCAGGACCUACAAACCUGUGGAGAGAGGAGUCCACACCCCACCAGGUUUCCUGUCAGGCCUGUGGAGGACCCACACUGCAGCAGUUACUUCCUGAAAGACUACUUCCCCCUGUGGAGUAGACCCACAUUGGGGCAGUUUGUGAAGUACUGUACCCCAUGGGAAGGACCAACACUGGAGAAGAUCAUGGAGGACUAUCUCCCAUGGAGGGACCCCACACUGUAGCAGUGGGAAGUGUGAGGAGGUCUCACCCUGAGAGGAAGCAGCAGCAAAGACCAUCUGUGGUGAACUGACCCACCAUUCCUUAUCUCCACGUGCUGCUGCAGUGGAGGAGAUAGAAACCCGGGAAGAAGGGAGGGGUGAGGGGAGGUGUUUUAAGAUUUAGUUUUUAUUCCUUAUUUCAUUACUCUGUUAUG